UUGCACACUUUGACUUUAGCGCCAUCCUUUGCGCAGCCAACCGCGCCACCAGCAGGCCUGAGGCGCAGCGCGUCCAAUAAGAACCACCAAUGAGUUGGCGGCAGCCAAUGUCCGACAGCCGGAGCCCAACACACCGGAUAACCACAGACGAAUCCCCGCAGCCGAAGGAGCCGAAAGAGCCGGAGCUUCUCGUCCCAUUGUUCUAUACGCACGACUGUCCGAAGGCUUGAGUGAGCCAAGAUGGUGAAGGAUCCGAGUAAGCCGAGGGGCAAAAUGUCCUCAUAUGCCUACUUUGUGCAGACAUGCAGAGAGGAGCACAAGAAGAAGCAUCCCGAUGCAUCUGUCAACUUCUCAGAGUUUUCCAAAAAAUGCUCAGAGCGAUGGAAGACGAUGUCACCAAAAGAGAAGGGCAAGUUUGAAGACAUGGCCAAGCAGGACAAGCUGCGUUAUGAGAAGGAAAUGAAGAAUUACAUCCCCCCUAAGGGUCAGAGGAAGAAGCGGUUCAAGGACCCGAACGCCCCCAAGAGACCACCGUCUGCUUUCUUUCUUUUCUGCGCCGACUUCCGCCCCAAGGUAAAAGGUGAGAAUCCUGGACUGUCCAUUGGGGAUACGGCAAAGAAGCUUGGAGAGAUGUGGAACAGCUCAUCGGCAGAAGAGAAGCAGCCGUACGAAAAGAAGGCAGCUAAGUUGAAGGAGAAAUAUGACAAGGAUAUCGUGGCUUACCGCACGAAGGGUAAGGUGGAUUCUGCAUCCGCCGCUGCAGCUGAUGACGAUGAUGAUGAUGAAGAGGAGGGAGAGGAGGAGGAAGAAGAGGAAGAAGAUGACGAGUAGACCAGAUUGAAAUGGGACCUGAAGUUUUGUUUAUGCCAUAUAAUCUUAAUGUACUCCGUUCACCGUCUUGAAUCAAAAGUCAAAUUGAACAAGAAACGUGUAUAUUUAAUGUUUUUAUGAUGUACAGUGUUAAUCUCUGUUCUGUUUUGUAAAGAUAACAUACGUAUCCUGAGUUUGGGAUUUUUCUAGUGGUAGUUCUUUAUUCCUGCCAUAUAAUUCUAUAACGAUAGGACUAUAUCAGUAUGAAAGUCACUUGUCUUUAGAUGUUACAACUCAAAAAUGAGAUUUAUGAGUUUGUAGUGUACUCUUUUUUUAUUUUAAAAGUUAUUUUUUUAUGUGAUGUCCCUUUUUAAUUGUUCUUUGAAUACCACUCUAAUGCAGCUGUUGACAUUAAAGAAUGUCCCCAAUAAAAGUUUUUUUUAUUAA